UUUGUCAGAACGGGGUGAGCGAGGGUGCUACUGGCUCAAAAAUUACGUUUAGUUCAGUCCGUUAAUUCACCGCAUCAAAACUCGCCAUGCUUCAGGAGGCCGCGGCGGCCACCGCCACGGCCGCGUCUUAGCACUGUCGGUCACACGGCCAUGGCCAGGCAGGCACUGAAGAGGGUCAGCACCGGGCCACGGGAAGCCAAGGACGAGUUCAUCCGCCUCUGCUCAAGCGGCCGCCUCAAGGAUGCCCUCCACCACCCCUUCCGCGGCGUGCUCUGGUCGGAUGCUAGCCUCUUCUCCCACAUCUUCCGGGCCUGCCGCGCCAUCCCGCUCCUCCGCCAGCUCCACGCCUUUGCCGCCACCUCUGGCGCCGCCGCCGACCGCUUCACGACAAACAACCUACUGCUCGCCUACGCGGAUCUCGGCGAUCUCCCCACCGCGCGUCAUCUGUUCGAGGGAAUUUCCAAGCGGAACGUCAUGUCCUGGAACAUUCUUAUUGGCGGGUGCAUCAAGAAUGGUGACCUUGGAAGCGCGCGGGAGCUGUUCGACAAAAUGCCCACGAGGAAUGUCGCGACCUGGAAUGCCAUGGUCGCUGGGCUCACCAACGUAGGGCUUGAUGAGGACAGCUUGCAGUUCUUCCUCGCCAUGCGGAGGGAGGGAAUGCAUCCUGAUGAGUUUGGCCUUGGGAGCGUGUUCAGGUGCUGUGCGGGGCUCUUAGACGUUGUCUCCGGGCGCCAGGUCCAUGCAUAUGUUGUGCGGUCUGGGAUGGACAGUGACAUGUGCGUUGGGAACUCGUUGGCUCACAUGUACAUGCGGUGUGGGUGCCUCGCAGAAGGAGAGGCUGUUCUCCGAGCACUUCCUUCUCUUACAAUUGUGUCAUUCAAUACCACAAUCGCUGGUAGGACGCAGAAUGGAGACUCGGAGGGAGCGCUGGAGUAUUUCUCCAUGAUGAGGGGUGUUGAGGUGGCGCCGGAUGUGGUCACAUUCGUUAGUGCUAUUUCCUGUUGCUCAGACUUGGCAGCUCUUGCACAAGGUCAGCAAGUUCAUGCUCAGGUUAUCAAGGCUGGAGUUGACAAGGUUGUGCCAGUCAUAACAUCCCUUGUGCAUAUGUACUCUCGGUGCGGAUGCUUAGGUGACUCAGAAAGAGUUUACGAUGGUUAUUGUGGAUUAGAUCUUUUCCUUCUCAGUGCAAUGAUCUCAGCAUGUGGGUUCCAUGGACAAGGACAUAAAGCAGUUGAGCUGUUUAAACAGAUGAUGAAUGGAGGUGCAGAACCUAAUGAGGUUACUUUCUUGGCCCUGCUAUAUGCGUGCAGCCAUAGUGGUCUGAAAGACGAAGGCUUGGAGUUCUUUGAGCUUAUGACUAAGACCUAUGGAUUCCAACCAAGUGUGAAACACUAUAAUUGUAUUGUGGAUCUUCUCGGACGAUCAGGUUGUCUAGAUGAAGCAGAGGCCCUUAUCUUGUCAAUGCCUGUACGUGCUGAUGGGGUCAUAUGGAAGACACUGCUGUCUGCUUGUAAGACCCAGAAGAAUUUUGACAUGGCCGAGCGGAUAGCAGAACGAGUCAUUGAGUCGGACCCUCGUGAUUCUGCACCUUAUGUUCUGCUGUCAAAUAUUCGAGCUACCAGCAAGAGAUGGGGAGAUGUCACCGAGGUAAGAAAAAUCAUGAGGGAGAAGGACAUUAGAAAGGAACCUGGUGUCAGCUGGGUGGAGCAUAAGGGUCAGGUGCACCAAUUCUGCACUGGAGAUAAAUCUCAUCCACGACAAGGAGAGAUCGAUGAGUACUUGAAAGAAAUGAUGGGCAAGAUUAGGCAAUGUGGCUAUGCUCCGGACAUGACCAUGGUGUUCCAUGACAUGGAGGAUGAGGAGAAAGAAGUUAGUUUGACUCACCACAGCGAGAAGUUGGCCAUAGCAUUUGCUUUUCUGAACUUACCUGAAGGAGUUCCUAUCCGAGUAAUGAAGAAUCUACGUGUGUGCGAUGACUGCCAUGUAGCUAUCAAGUUGAUAUCCCAGGUAACUGGUCGAGAGAUUGUGGUCAGAGAUGUAAGCCGCUUUCACCAUUUCAGAGAUGGCAGGUGCUCUUGCGGAGAUUAUUGGUGAUCGGAACACUCUAUACUGUGGUAAUAUCUUUCACAUCUGCUGCGGGGAACAAGAUCCAAACACUUGUUUCAUGCCACAUUUUGAUGCCACUCAACUGUGGGAAUGGGAACAAGAUUCGGACACUUGGUUCAUAGACUUGUUUUGACUUUCAACUGGUUGGUGAUGAGAGUUAGAGAUUGUGCUGCCGGGCCUCUGAUCUUUCCAAGAACGUGCCAGCAGAAAUACUGCAACUAUAGUUGCAGCAACAAUGACAUGAAGGUGCAUAAUUUAAGGCAAGUCUCUUUUGCUUGUCAUGCAAUAUUUCUCUUGGAAUGUGAAGUGACAUUGCUUUUGUUUUUCUCGACUGGAUGUUUAUUUUGGUAAAUAAGAAGGCCACAGCCCACAGUUAGUUACAAAUAUGGACCAUAUAAUAAAUUUCAUUUUAAUCUAGUUAUACGUUAAAAUUAAUCUUUGUAUUAUUCUUAUGCCUUGGCUGUUCUUGUUGUUUGGUUUUGAAUGAAACUGGUAAUCACCUGUUCGUUUAUUCCUUGUCUUCUUUUUUCUCGCGGAGGAAUACUGUUGGGCAUGUACAAUGAUUGAUAAGACUGUCUUAUCUUAGGCAUUCCACGUCAAUUAGAAAAUACAACAAAACAUGUUAUACAAUGGGUUAUCUCUUAAUGUUCUAUCUUAGAAUUAAUGUUUAGAUGAAUAAAAUUAACUAGUAAAUGCUAAAAAAAAUGAAUCUAGUACAAUGAUAAAUUUGCCUUAUCUUUUUCUUAUCAUUCUUGUAAAAAGAUCAUCUUUUAAUUAAGAGAAGGCUUGUGUCUUUUCUUCGUUUCUAUCUCUUUCACGUCAGAUUUUAUCUUACGUGGCAUCGCACUAGUAUUUUUGUUCUUCCAUUCGGAACGGGCUGG